GAAGCCAAUAUUGUCUACCCGCCAUGCGAUACCCGCGAGAUGGCACAAUUCCCAUUGGACGAGAGGGAGAGAAUCAUUCUGAGUAUCGCACAAUUCAGGCCAGAAAAAGACCACCCUGCUCAACUUCGCGCUUUUGCGCAGUUAUUGGCCGAUCACCCAACUUAUACUUCUGGCUCCUCUUCUGUGCAACUUUUCCUACUGGGUGGCGCACGUAAUGCGGACGACCACGCCCGCGUGCAGUCUCUUAGAGAUCUCGCAGAAAAACUCAAGAUCACCCCCUACGUCCAGUUCAUCGUCAACGCAAGUUACCCGGAAAUGCUCGGCUGGCUCGCAAUGGGUAGCAUCGGGCUCAGCACGGUGGUGGACGAACAUUUUGGAAUCAACGUCGUUGAAUUCAUG